AUGGCCAGUAACAGCAGAGAUAAAGUAUCAAACCAGCUAAGCGAGUAUAAAAAGUCGCAAAUGAAUUUAAAUCGUUUAACUACUGGCACAGGAGCUCCCAUCGGAGAAAAGACAGCAAGUCUUACAGUUGGACCUAAAGGUCCCAUAUUGCUUCAGGAUUUUGUCUUUACAGAUGAAAUGGCUCAUUUUAACCGUGAAAGGAUCCCAGAAAGAGUUGUCCAUGCAAAAGGGGCAGGUGCAUUUGGUUAUUUAGAGACAACCCAUGACAUCCGAAAAUAUUGCAAGGCUGCCCUCUUCCAAGAAAUUGGCAAAAAAACUAGACUUGCAGUUCGUUUCUCUACCGUUGGUGGAGAGAGUGGAUCUGCAGACACAGCACGUGAUCCUCGAGGAUUUGCUGUCAAAUUUUACACGGAAGACGGUAACUGGGACUUAGUAGGUAACAACACUCCAAUUUUCUUCAUCAGGGACCCAAUUUUGUUUCCCAGUUUCAUCCAUACUCAGAAAAGAAAUCCGCAGACUCAUUGCAAAGAUGUAGACAUGUUUUGGGAUUUUAUCACACUACGACCAGAAACAACUCACCAAGUAUCAUUUUUGUUUUCUGACCGAGGAACUCCCGAUGGUUACCGCCACAUGAAUGGCUAUGGCAGCCAUACCUUUAAGAUGGUUAAUGACUUUGGAGAUGCAGUAUACUGUAAAUUUCAUUUUAAGACAGAUCAAGGCAUCAAAAAUCUGAUGGCUGAAGAGGCAGAUCGUUUGGCUGGCUCUAACCCUGAUUAUGCCAUACAAGACUUAUACAACAGCAUUGAAAAUGGUAACUUUCCAUCUUGGACACUUUAUAUUCAAGUCAUGACUUUUGAGGAGGCUGAAAAUUACCACUUGAAUCCAUUUGAUUUAACCAAGGUGUGGCCUCAUUCUGACUAUCCUUUGAUUCCUGUUGGACGGAUGGUACUAGAUAGAAAUCCCAAAAAUUAUUUUGCUGAAGUGGAACAGAUUGCAUUUUCUCCUGCUCACAUGAUUCCAGGUAUUGAACCCAGUCCAGACAAAAUGUUACAGGGGCGUUUAUUUUCCUACUCUGACACACAUCGUCACCGCUUAGGCUCCAACUACCUCCAAAUUCCAGUCAACUGUCCUUUCAAGGCCAGAGUCAGCAAUUAUCAAAGAGAUGGCCCACAAUGUGUUAAUGACAAUCAAGCUGGUGCCCCCAAUUACUUUCCUAACAGUUUUUCUGGCCCUGUUGACCACAAACGCCACACUGAAUGUCCAUUCAAAAUUAGUGGAGAUGUUAUGCGCUACAAUACUGCAGAUGAAGAUAACUUCAGCCAAGUAGGAAUAUUCUACAAACAGGUACUAAACCAAGCUGAACGCAAGAGACUGGUGAAAAACAUUGCCAAUCAUUUGAUUGGGGCACAGGAAUUUCUUCAGAAAAGGGCAGUUCAUAAUUUUGGACAAGCAGAUCCUGAAUAUGGACAAACACUGCAAGAAGAGCUUGAUAAACUAAAAAGAAAAAAAGGAAUGCCUUCCAACUCUGUCCAGGCCAAUUUGUAA